AUGACUUUCAAUUUCGGUCACAAUGUCUCAGCCCAACAGCUGGCCGACAUCCUACCCAACGGCGUCGCCAUCCUCACCCACCGACAUGAAUUGGUCUCCGUAAACCGCCGGUUCCGCGAACUCAUCCCUUGCUCCAAUGCCAGCUUCUCUGAGUGCUGGCUACGAUCAGUCCACCCCGACGACUAUGAACGGGUGUCUACGGGGUAUCGCGAAGUCGAGAAAUCCAAAGGACCACUACGCCUCGAAUACCACACCCGCGAUCCGGACUCGAUAUGGUGCGUCAUGACGUUGGAUCGGUUGGAUGAUAAAGAUGUACAAUGUUUCGGGUUAGGUGAUGGAGGGCUAUCGAUCUGCACAAUUGCCGAUAUCACCCCUGAGAAAAAGGCCGAGCUGUUGCAGAGACAAGCUGCAGAAGAGGCACAGGAACGAAAGAAGCAACAAGAGCGAUUCAUCGAUAUGAUCAGUCAUGAAAUUCGCAACCCGCUUUCCGCGAUACUACAUUGUACGGAAGAUAUUCAGGAGGCUAUCUACAAUAAGAAACCCGAACAAAUCUCGAUCAUGAGCAUUACCGAAGCAGUCGAGACGAUCAGUCUUUGUAUCACACAUCAAAAAAAGAUCGUCAACGACGUUCUUACCUUUUCAAAACUUGACGCAUCCAUGCUCUCACUAUCACCGCGCAAAGUUCAGCCCAAGCGACAUCUUACCACCCCACUGGCAAUAUUUCGCCCCGAGCUCCGAAAGCAGAAGAUCAAGUUUGAAUACAAGGUUGACGUUUCCUAUGCUAAAUGCGGCAUUGAUUGGGUCACGGCAGAUCUGGAUCGCAUGGGGCAAGUUCUGAUCAACAUCCUCUCGAAUGCUAUCAAAUUCACUGCCAAAUCAGAGAGUCAGCGAUCGAUCCGAGUCUCAAUGGGCGCUUCGAUAGGCCGACCACCUUCGUACCCCCCAAAUAUCGUAUUUUUCGACUCGUGCGAAGCAUCCCUACGCAAAGACGCAACAAACACCUCUGAAUGGGGACAUGGAGAAAUUGCAUAUAUCAUGGUCGCCGUCAAGGACUCCGGCAUCGGAAUCACCGAGAAGGCCCAAAAACGACUUUUCGAACGCUUCAACCAAGCAACUCCCAAGACUGAGAGCAUCUACGGUGGCUCUGGGCUUGGACUGAAUGUAUGUAGGAAACUAUGCCACCUGCAUGGAGGUGAAAUUGGCGUGAGCUCCAAAGAAGAUUGCGGGAGCACUUUUGGCUUCUUUUUCAAAGUGCGCCGAACGAAAGGUCCGAUUGAUGGAGAGCAUGGCAACGUUCAAAUAUCUGGAAUCGAUAAACUCUGUUUCGAUAUUCAAACGAUGGGGAAUGAAAUGAGCGGAAUCAACAAGACAACAGAUGAGCCCCAAAUUUCAGAAAAUCCCCCUGAGGCUAAAGUCUGGGAAGCAGCGCCUGGUGCACCAGAUGACCAAGCUACAACACGCACCCGCAGUCUAGCUUGUGAGGCCUCACAAGAUCAGGCCAAACGGGAGAAACAGAAUUCCAUCCCCGGCCAUGGCCAAGUGACACAACAUGGCGAUGGUCAACGUAUUCUCUUGGUCGAAGAUAAUGUCAUCAACAGGCGAAUCAUAUCACGCAAGCUAGACACACUGGGCUUUGAUAUAUCAGAAGCCAGCAACGGCCAAGAAGCCGUGGAUGCGAACAGGGACUCUACCUUUGAUUGUAUUCUCAUGGAUCAGCAGAUGCCUGUGAUGGACGGUAACUGUGCAACAAGAGCUAUCCGAGAUAUUGAAAAAGAAACCGGAGGGCAUGUCCCCAUUUUGGGAGUGACAGCUAAUGCCAGACAGGCACAGCAGGAGGAAAUGCUUGGUGCUGGAAUGGAUGAUGUUAUCCACAAGCCAUAUGGGACGCAUGAGCUUGUUGAGAAGAUAAACCAUAUGGUUUCCAAAGAAUCGAAAUGGGGAAUGUAA